AUGCUUGCAUCCGCCAUGAUGACAAUGCUUGACGAGCACUCGGUUGCCAACGGGGCCAACGAUUCCAACUCGGAAUCCGACGACGCCGAAGUUUUCGGGAGUAUCGUGUACGCUGAAGAAACCCACACACCGGCCACUCUCCACGGCCAGCCAUUGCCAGCUGGAUCAGUUCCGGUAAGCGAGCUAGAGUUUCUCGAGACGCUGCUGAACUCUUCGGCCAGCCCGUGGAAUGCAUCGUCGGCGUUGGCCACCGAAACGCCCUACACACCGUACGGGUUGCGACCGGAGACAUACAUUGUGCCGAUCCUGUUUGCGGUCAUCUUCAUCGUCGGCGUGAUUGGCAACGGGACGCUUAUCAUCGUGUUCCUGCGACACCGGGCGAUGCGGAACGUUCCGAACACCUACAUCCUAUCACUGGCACUUGCGGACCUGUUGCUGAUUGUCACGACCGUACCGUUCACGUCCAUCAUAUACACGCUCGAUUCCUGGCCGUGGGGCAGCCUGCUCUGCACGUCGUCCGAGUUCAUCAAGGACGUGUCGAUCGGGGUGUCCGUGUUCACCCUCGUUGCUCUUUCCGGUGAUCGGUUUUUCGCUAUCGUCGACCCGCUCCGGAAGUUUCACGCCCACGGUGGUGGACGGCGAGCCACACGCAUGACCAUCACGACGGCUGUUCUGAUUUGGCUGCUAGCCAUCGCUUUUGCCGUACCGGCCAUCAUUGGAUCGCAUAUCAAGACUGUCAUCGUCAACAAGGACGUGUCGUUCUACUUCUGCUAUCCAUUUCCGGAAGAAUGGGGACCUCAGUACGCCCGAGGGAUGGUCCUGGGCAAGUUCCUCGUGUACUACGCCGUGCCGCUGUUCAUAAUUGGCAUCUUCUACGCACUGAUCGCACGUCACCUCAUCCACAGCGCCAACCACGUACCGGGCGAGAUGCAGGGAACGGUGCGCCAGGUUAAAGCUCGUCGGAAAGUAGCCAUCACCGUGCUGGCGUUCGUAGUCAUAUUCGGCAUCUGUUUCCUUCCGUCCCACCUGUUUAUGCUGUGGUUCUACUAUAACCCCAACUUCAACGAGGACUACAACGGCUUCUGGCACGCGCUGCGAAUAGUGGGUUUCUGCCUUUCGUUCGCAAACAGCUGCGCCAACCCGAUGGCCCUAUAUUGUGUCAGCGGCGCCUUCCGGAAACACUUCAACCGGUAUCUAUUGUGCGACGGACCGUCCAGCAGUCGACGCCGGAAUGGAGACAAUCUGGCACCGAGAGACACGUCACUUACCAGCACCAUGUCCCGGCGUUACACCAGCAAAAGAAUGCAGUCCCUCCGGAUCAAUAUCCAGGAGACGACGAUCGUAAUGAUACCGAACGGCAGCUCAAAGACCGACGGCUCAGCGCUCGAGAAGGAAAUGGUAUGCUUGUCGUAA